CGACAGUGCCCAUAGUUCCCCUGCGCCCAGCUUCGAGAUGGCUUCGUCGUUCUGGAAAGGUGUUGUCGGUGUGGGGCUUUUUGCCUUAGCCCACGCGGCUUUCUCGGCGGCACAGCAUCGAUCAUACAUGCGGCUCACAGAGAAGGAGCAUGAGACGUUACCAAUUGACAUUGUCCUGCAGACCUUGUUGUCAUUUGUGAUGACCUGUUACGGGAUUGUCCACAUUGCUGGAGAGUUCAAGGACAUGGAUGCUUCCUCGGAGCUGAAAAACAAAACUUUUGACACACUGAGGAAUCACCCGUCGUUUUACCUCUUCAACCAUCGAGGUCGGGUCCUGUUCCGCACGCCGAAGGAGGAGCCAUCCUCCAACCAGCAGGCUCUGCCCAACCCCCUCAGGCUACGCAAGCUGGAGCAUUAGCACUGAGCCGGGGCCCCGCCCGCCUCGGACCCUCUCACUGCCCUGAUAGGAUUUGUUUUUGUUAGCCAGGGUGAGGGGGAGGGCUCUGAGAACUUAACUUCUUCCACUUAAAAAACGUUUUAUUUAUUAAUAAACUAAUAUGCUGUCCAAAAAUUUGCAUCUCUGUCCAUAAAGUGGUUACCACCAUAAUCAACACUGACUGUGCCAACCCCUCUGUUUUUCAUGCAGAUUUGUUUGUGUGUAUAUAUAUAUAUAUAUGAUGGCUUUAGAGUCUUAAGACACUCAGAUGUUUUAUUUGUUUUCCUUUCCUCUUUUGAGCUAAAUCAGAAUAGCACUGCUCUGUUUGAAUUUAUUUUCCACGGUGGUUUGAUUUCACCCUCUCGCUUCUCUUCCACCGCUGCUCAGGCCAAGUUUUAAGUAUGUAGAUGUGAGCUUUAUAAACAAAAGAUCCCCCGUGUCUCCCUGAAUGACGUCCUGCAGCCUCAGCGUAUCCCGUUUGCGAGGGAAGUUUGUUUGUUUUCAAGCCAGGGAAUCAGGCUGGAAGUGAAAGCAGGAAACAUUACAGUCUUUCAAAUGACACUUUGGACCUUAAAAUUCAAACAACUCCGUUCAUUUCCGCGGGUUUUGUUUUCCAUUAUUUUUACGUUUUGUUAACAUCCUCCAGACUGUUUUUAAUUUAAUAAAAUUCAUACUGGUUUUACAAAGUGGAUGUUUUUCUUUAUUUAUAUAUUUCAAUCACUGCUGAUGUUUUAACUUGAUGAUAAAAAUGAAAAAUGCUAUUUUAUGACUACAUGGCUGAAUAAUUGUAAUAUAUGUGCUGUGACCACUUCAUGUAAUGGAAGACAAGUUGUUGGUGUUGGGCACUAGGUGGCAGUAGAGUAGCCUCAAAUGUUUAAAUGUGGGUAGAUGAAAAGUAUGUUUUCAGACUGAUUUAGCAAAAUGUAAAAGUUCAUAACAUAAUGAAAUACAAAUUCUUUACA